CUCCUAUUCACACGACCACCACGUCGACACCGCUCCCGAACGCUACUUUGUGCGCCCGAAUACCGCUAAUUCUUCUUCUUGCUUUCACGUAGGGGGUCUAUCUUCUUUCACAUCACAAUGGCGCAAUCAGGGUACUCGAAUCCGCUGAAGAAGUUCAAGCUGGUCUUCUUGGGCGAGCAGAGCGUGGGCAAGACAUCUCUCAUCACACGAUUCAUGUACGAUUCCUUCGACAACACAUACCAGGCCACUAUCGGCAUAGACUUCCUGUCCAAGACAAUGUAUCUCGAGGACCGCACCGUGCGCCUGCAGCUCUGGGACACCGCCGGCCAGGAACGCUUCCGCUCGCUGAUCCCUUCCUACAUCCGCGACUCGAGCGUCGCCGUCGUCGUGUACGACAUCACCAACAAGAAGACGUUUGAGAACACGCGGAAGUGGGUCGACGACGUAAGGGGCGAGCGCGGCAACGAUGUCAUCAUCGUGCUGGUCGGCAACAAGACGGAUCUGAACGACAAGCGCGAGGUGACGACGCAGCAGGGCGAAGAGGAGGCGAAGAAGAACAACCUCAUGUUCAUCGAGACGAGCGCAAAGGUCGGGCACAACGUCAAGACGCUGUUCAAGCGGAUCGCGCAGGCGCUACCGGGGAUGGAGGGCGAGGGGCAGCAGGGGCAGAGCCAGAUGAUCGACGUCAACAUCAACCCGCAGCCUACAACCGACGCAAACGGGUGCGCGUGCUAGUCCCGGUUCCGUGAUGCUGUACCGAUACUUGUUUGUCGUUGGCUAGACUUUUGAUUGUAAUUAUUUGGGAUCUGUCUUCUCGGGGCGAGAAGAACAUUGAGCAAGGCGUUUGGCGGUCAGGGAAGCAUGCAGUAAACGACUCGAGUGUCAGAUCCGUAAUGUGUUGUAUACCAAAGCAUCUUUCGAGGCGCAAUUAGAAACAUGUCUACGCUGGAGCAUCACCAUCAGUAUGAAAGCGUGGUGCAUGACUUCCAAGAUUAGAUGAUAGAUACGAGCGAAAUGUUCGACUGGGAAU